AUGGGUGAUAUAAAGUCGUAUGAAAAAGUGAGAAAUAUUGGAGAGGGGGCCUUUGGCAAAGCAAUUUUGGUAUUGUGCAAAAAGGAGAAUGUGCAUCGAGUUAUUAAAGAAAUCAAUAUCAGCAAGGUGGCGGUGCUAGCUAAAAUGAAUCAUCCAAAUAUUGUCCGCUAUUGUGAUUCAUUUGAAGACUGUGGCUCAUUGUAUAUCGUCAUGGAGUACUGUGAUCAAGGGGAUUUGUAUCACAAAAUCAGUGCUCAAAAAGGAGUCCUUUUUCCGGAAUCUCAGAUAUUAGACUAUUUCACCCAAAUUGCAUUGGCCUUGAAACACAUACAUGAUCGAAUGAUUCUGCAUCGCGACAUCAAGACACAGAAUAUUUUUCUCACUUCUGAUGGGAAACUUAAACUAGGUGAUUUCGGCAUCGCCAAAGUACUGAAUCACACGUUGGAUCUGGCACGUACGUGUAUUGGGACACCAUACUAUUUGUCACCGGAAAUAUGUGAGAGUAAACCGUACAAUCAUAAAAGUGAUAUAUGGGCAUUGGGUUGCGUACUGUACGAGAUGAGCACACUUAAACAUGCGCAAGUUGCGGAGGAAUUUAGUCACACUGUUCUGCAUCGCUCAAAGUCCCAGCCGCAAGAUGCACGCUCCGGUGGAACACCCCAACUGAAUGGAUGCAAAAGAGCCACUUCUAGUCCAAGCUCGAGGCCCAGCAAACCAAUUAUGGCGAAAAAACCGAAGGCGUCAGAUUUAUCGGCAAUCAAGAAAGUGGCUCGAUCCCGUUGUUCUGAACCCGGAUCUCCAGCGGCGAACAGAAAUUCGGGCGUUACCACACCGUCCUCGGCCAGUUCGAACGCCGAUCCGGAGCAAAGGAAAAAGGUAGAAAAUUGUUUGAUAGAAUUCAGUCGACGAAGGCAGAAAGAAGUGGUUGAAAAACAGCAGAUGGAAGCAAGAAAUCGUGCCCGGGAAAUCGGUUGGCGAAGCAUUUUAGAGGCCCGACCUGGUAAAGCCGAGUCUCGGUCAACUUCCAUCACUCUAUCAGCGAAUCCGAUCCCAGCUGUGGAAGUGAAUGCACCGAUGAGACAAUCUCCAGCUCCGGGGCCCAUUAUGUCUUCAGUAGCUCAACCGUUGGGUGUGGUGGGAAAGCCUUCUAGUGUCUUGGUUGUUGCUGACGCUUAUAACAAAUACAAAUCAGACCUGGAACGGAUGCGUGCCGAAUCCAUGCUGAGAGAGAAUCGAUUCCAACUGAAUCCGCGAUUGUUUGGAGAAAGUGAGCAUGCGUUUGACCAUUUUUGUGGGAAACUUAUCCCGUCUCGUUCUGAUUGCACUUUUAUCAAAUCAGUUUAUUGA